AGGGCUGUGGACGGCAGCAUGCUCUUCCUGCUCGUCUUCUCUUCCUCCUUGUUGCACCUGUCACUAGGGGCGAAGUCAGUGAAGUAACCUGAAGCUGGACGGAGGCGGGUCGUCCACCCCACCCCCACAAACAGAUGUUCCUCUAAGGUCGUCUUUCACUGGAGAAAACAAACACAGUCUGGCGUGUCGUUUUAGGAGGAGAAUGGGAUUACUAUGCAGAGUGGCGCCUACCUGACGUUCUUCUUCAGAUAUUCAGGAUUUCGGGUGGAUUUUCAGUCGCCCACGGGACAGAGAGCGAAGCUUCUGCGAGAAUAAAGAGCAAACGAGAUGGGAAAUUGGAUACUGAUGGCGCUGCUGUUGGUUCACCUGCCAACAGAGCUGCUGUCCAUCCAGGUGAUUGUUCCAGAGACAGUCAGACGUACGACUCUGUUCGCCUCUGUGAUUCUGCGCUGUGACUAUUCAACCUCAGCGACCGCUCAGGACGUCCUGGUCACCUGGAGGUACAAGUCCUUCUGUAAAGACCCAGUGCUGGAGUACUACUCCGCAGCCUAUCAGGCUUCUCUGGCUCUGGGUCAGGACCCCACCAAUGACUGCCCAGACAGGCAGCGCAAAAUCCGCACAGUGAUCCAGAAGAAGGGCCUCAAUGAGCCUUCCCUGGGCGUAGACUACAGAGAACGCAAAAUUACCAUUCAAAAUAAGGCUGACCUGGUCAUCACUGAGGUGAUGUGGUGGGAUAACGGUGUGUAUUUCUGCUCCAUUGAUGCUGCCGGUGACACGGCAGGAGACUCAGAUAGUGAAGUCAGACUCAUCGUGUAUCACUGGCUGACAGUCCUGUUUAUCAUCCUUGGUGGCCUCCUGCUCAUCAUGCUCAUUGGUAUAUGUUGCUGUCAGUGCUGCCCGCAGACAUGCUGCUGCUACGUCCGCUGCCCAUGUUGUCCACAGACAUGCUGCUGCCCAGAAGAAGUCGUGAUGCAGCACAGGAUGAUACAAGAGGCUCAGAAGGCCAUGGUUCCUUGGAUGAAUGGUCAACCCAUUUACGCUCCCAUUAGCUCCAAGGCCUCCUCCCAGGGGGUCCCCAUACUGUAUUCAGGCUCAUUUUCAGACCACUCUGCCAAACAAAACUUUGCCAUGGCUCCCAUGCAGCUGGCACCCAUGGUCCUGCAGCAACAGCAGUCCUCUGUGCCACCUCUGCACCUUGUGAAUGGCAGUGCGCACAGCAGCAUAAAAGGAAACAACCAGGUGUUGGACUACCUGGAGAACCAGGUUAGGAACCUGGAUUUAGGGCCACCUCCAAUAGCCUCGCACGUAGUCCAGAAUAUGCCUCCACUACAGCCUCACCCCUACACACCUGGGCCCCCAAGUAUGUUGUCAGCCCUGGAUGAGUUGGGAGCGAGAGGGGUGGAGAGAAAGGUGAUCACCCUGCCUCCUAUCAUCCAACAUGUACCCAGCUCUUCCUCUCGCAGAGGGCCUGGAGGUGGAGAUGGAGCACGGGGUGGCCCUAGAAUAUCCAGCCAGUCCAGUGGGAGCACAAACCACUCUGGAGAAGGUCUCCCACGUGACAGUCGUGGGUAUAGAGACAGAGAUAUUUCUCCUCCACGGCAGAGGGUCUUGCAUGAUUACAGUGAUGGCAUGGAUUGGGAUAACAGGCGAGGAAGAGUGUCGUACAAGGGUGUGAGGAAUGAGAGAGGAAGCUCAGCUGGGAGGACAGGAAGCGCGUCCAGACCAUAUACACAUGAUGAUCUGAUGGAGGAGUUGCACAGCAAAGCAGCCCGAAGGAGCUAUUCUCCUCCACUGCAUCGCAAAAGGACCUGGAGCUCUGAUGAAGAGGACUUCAAAAGACGAAAAGGAGGUAAAUGGAAGGACUGCCCGGAGGAGCCCCCCAGCUACUCUUCCAUUGACAUCAGGCCUGGUUGCAGUAAAGGGCGGCAGAUGUUCCAGCGCCUUUCUGACCGAAGCUCCCGUAGCGCCACCACUGUGGUCAUUUGAAGCAUUUCAGUUAAUGUUUCCAGAAUGGUGAAAAUGAAAACAAAACAACAGGUACCUUAAUCUGUCAGCCUAGAAGAACAAAGCUUUUGUUGUGUAGUGAAUCCUGAAAAUGUAUUGUAUGGAUAUAUGUUCAUUCUUUAUGGACUGUGUGUAAUUGCAACAAAAAUAUUAUAUAUAUAUAGAUAGAUAGAUAUGGAUAUAAAGAAAACUGUUCAGUUGAGGCUGUGAACUACAAAUAAUAUGCAGCCUGAUCUCUUUUUGCCAGAUAUUGUGUGUGAUUCUUGUAAUAGUUGUAUUACACCUAAUUUACUGUUUUCUCACCGCGGUGAUUGUUUGAUACUGAGAUUUUGUAGGUUGUUUAGUCACUGUAAACAUUUUAAGUGUGUAGUUUUCUUUUUUUUUAUCAUUUCAGGGGUUUUUCUGCAUACUUUUUAAUGUUUUUCCAUAGUAGUUACACUACAUGGACAUUUCUAGAAAGAUGGACACAUGUGAAGCACUCACUCUACACUGUUUGCUUUUGUUACAAACAUGAAUAGAGAUGUGCUGUCAUGAAAUGUGUUUUCAAUAAACCUUUGUGAAUGCA